AUGGCGGCCCAAACUGUUGUGCGCAACACCUACAGUUUAUUUGACAGCUACCAGUACCUAUGGAGCCCGCAGCGACCGCAGCGAACAGCGGAGGAGAUUCAGCGACUGUGCCAGAGCACUGAUGUCCCUGCAUCGGAGAUGCCCAUCUUCAUCUCCUUGGAGGACCGCGUAGCGAUUCGGUCGCUCCUCUACGCCGUUGUCGACGACACCAGCCUUCGCAACCUUCUUGAUGGCGUUCUUCUGCCACCCCCAUACGCCUGUCCUGACCUCCAUCACAAGCGAUGGACGCCAAAAGACGUUCAAGCGGUGUGUUCAGUGCUCAAUCCCUCGCUUGACUGGGUUGUUGUGAAUUUGCCCUUCAACCUCGCACUGCGACUUGGCUCGUACGACGCAAGGCUGCGAGCAGCAGCGCAGAGACUCUCCUGGAUAUUGUCGAUUCCAUUCUCCCUGGUGGAGCGCGAAGAGACGAUACUGGCGCAGCUGCGCAUGACGGUGGGCCGCGACAUCGCCGCCGAGCAGGCCGAUGUGGCAAAACAGGAUGGGGUGCGGAGGAGCAAAGAGCAGCAAAGGCGCAGCCUGAUGCGUGUCGCGACUAUCGGCGGCUUUUCUGUGAUAGGCGGUGCGGCCCUUGCCGUGACGGGUGGGUUGGCUGCGCCCCUUGUGGGCCCUGCGUACGCGGCACUUGUGACUGCCACAGCGACGAGUCUGGGCGCGAUUGGGGCGGUUGGUAGCGCUGUGCUCGGCACUGGGGUCUUUGCCACCGUUGUUGGCGCCGCCACUCACGCUACCGCCCUCGCUUCCCUUGUUACACCGGUGUUGACGACCGCCAACAUCACCGCCAUCUUCGGUGUGACAGGUGCCUCACUGAGUGGCUACAAGGCCUUUCGCCGCACGACAGACUCUGAUAUCUUCAUGCUGCGUUCCGUCGACGAUGUCGAGGCGUUCGAAACGGCUGCGUCGUCGACACCUGAGGUGGUGGCGACAGCGGCAGAAGAAGAGGCUGAUGUUAAUGAGGAAGUGGUGCGCCUCCUUGCGUGCUCGCACCCUUUGGCGGAGAGUGGCAGUGGUGGUACUGGCACCUCUUGGGACCUCUCCGAUGUAUUCGAGGAUGACUUGAAUCCCGGCGUCGUCGUUCCCCUACACACGAGAAUGGUUGCCAUGUCGCACACCAGAAAUCUGCCGUCGCUACAGAAGCGUCACCGCCACAUUGUUUUUGCUGUCGAGAACAAACUCGACGGUCUCCAGCUCCGCCUAAAGGCUGUUAAACUGAUUUCUGGAGUAUGGGCAAUGGCGCCGCCGGCCGUUGUUGUGCCAGGACACGCGGGCGUAUUCGCGUGCGUCAAUCGGUUCGCACACCUCACUGGUGCCGGAUUCAUCGUCUGUUACGUCGCUACGCCAUCGUCUAGCACCGGCAAGGCGACGCCCCUGCGGAUCUGGGUCCGUGCUGAGCGCGACUUCUUCGGUGCCUGGGCACUUUCUGCGGCCUGCGAGAAGGACGAGCUAGACUUCGAUCCGACGGUAGCCGAGAACUGGUUACGAGAUCACCUCACUUGCUCUGACUUCACGCGGCGCCAGCAGGGGGUGGCGCUUGAGCUGCACGUGGCACCGUACACGUACCUGAAGGUGUACCCUGCGAGCACGGGAGACAAGCUGCAGUCGCGUAAGGUAACGUUCCCAAAGGAGGAGUUGCCUCAGAGGCAGCUGGAAUACCGGCACGCUGUAAAGCAGCGGCGGAAGCUCGGCGUGUCGCUGGUGAAUCGCUCUUCGCAUGACGUUUUAACACGCGACAUGGGUAUAAUAAACGGCCAGCAGUGGCCCGAAACGGCCUCACCGAUGGGCGUCUACCCUGCUGAGGCGUCGCUAACGUACUUCACCAGUCGCGAGUGGAGUCUUGCGGGGGCGGAGGGAUACUAUAUUGUGGAGGUGGUGAACAGUUACACCAAUCCCGUCACGCCGCGCUUCUACGUGAGGGUACAGUUCGAGGUUAGCUCCCUCAACAACGUGAAUGUUGCCUUUGCCUCUGCUUACAACCUUUCGGAACUGAGACACCAAUCGCUGACUCCAUGUGCGCCGUGCAGUCCACAGCUCCCGGUGGAUCUGCCGCCGGGACUUUUCUUCUCACUCACCUGCGUCAUCGACGUGGCACUCUAUACGGUGCAGCUUGUGUUCCAAGACCUUGUGGAGCGGUGCGGUACAGCAGGCGUGCUGGCCAUGGAGAGAACGACGCUCGUCAUUGGAGUGAGUGGCUACUCGGCCAUCUUUGACCCCCGUCGACCGAUGCGAGACCAACAGGUGGGUCUGUGGCAGUCGGUGCUGCACCGCUGCGCGCUGUUUGGGUCAAUGGAGCCGUACGUGCUGCAAUGGGAGGAUAAUUACCUCAUGCAGUUUGGGGAGACGAUUCAAGUGAACCUCGACAUCGCUGACAAGGUGGCAAGGAAGGCGGUGGGCAUGACAGCGAAAACACUCUUGCAAGGCUCCAUGUUUUCCAGUUUGCAUGCCUUCUGGUCUCUGAUGGGCACCUUUCAGCUGCCGCUGUUCGCGGUGUGGGCGACUGGAGUGAUAGACAAUACCUUCGCAACGCUGUCGAACCGCUCUGCCUACACCGGCAAAGACUUGGCUGCUGCGUUGCUCGACCAGCACCGAGGCAACCGCCCGGUGACGUUGGUCGGCUUCAGCUUCGGCUCUCGCGUGAUUGUGGAAUGCCUGCGAGAGCUGGACAAGGUGGAGGCCUACGGCGUUGUCGAAAAUGUCUACUUGAUGGGUUGUCCGUGCAGCUCCGACCCGAGACUGUGGCGUGGUCUGCGCCGAGUGGUCGGGGGGCGCCUCAUUAAUGUUUACACACGGGAGGACUGGACUCUGUGGAUGAUGUACCGGCUGAACGAGACAGAGUUGAAGCCAAUGGCCGGCACCAGCCCCGUCAAUGUACCCGGUGUCGAGAACGUCGAUGUCACGCCGCUUGUUUCUGCACACGGCGACUACGCGGUAAAGCUGCUGCCUGUCCUGAAUGCAAUUCCACAACAGCCAACUGUGGCAUCAUGGAGCCCGCGGGAGAACUGCGGGUCGCCGGGGGUGACGGUGCCCGUGAGGAAGUGCAGCGAGACGAUGGCUGCGGUUAGCAAGUCACUUCACUCGUACAUGACACCCACAACGUACGUCGCUUUGGGCGUAAAAAACUGUGUUGUCUCUGACAUUCCACACUAUGAGCCGCAGGUGGAGUUGCUCACGAUGCAGCUCUACGGCUGCUUCUUUGACUUCGUGCCACCGCUGCUGACAUAUAGCGGAAUGGCCUCUGUGGCGGGUUUGUUAGGGGACACCGAACAUGCAAUGGGCGCCGUCCUUGCGUACCGGAUGCGACCACCCGCGUCAGCGCCAGGGGACCUGCUGGUCGUACUGUAUCUCUGCAGAAGCGGAGACGGGGAUGUGCAGGUGUUCAUGCAGCCGAGCCUGGUGGAGCGACGCUCUUCUGCAGCGGAGACGGAGGAGCAGGCGUACCAGCGGCUCUGCGCCAUCACAGCGGGGGCAUGUCAAACACUCGACGACGUCCAGCGAAUGUGUCACACCAACGGCGUCGAGUGGGGACUACGCGGUGGCGCAGCCCACAUGCAGUCGAUCUCAGUGCUAGUGCCAAACGUGUUCAGUGACACCCACCGAACAGCGACACUUCGACUCGCGCUAGAGCGGCUAGACAGCGCCGGGGUUACGGUGACGUGGCUUGCGCUUCUGAACAAAGCAAGCACGCAGCUCCAGCAGGAGACAUUCGAUGAGACAGAGUUCAAGAACGCCAUGGCCGGCUUCGCGACUCUCCGCCCAAACCUCCUGGGCGGUGGCAACGGGGUGCAGUUACCAAUGGUGGCAGAGACAUGUAGCACCGACAACUUGCAGCAGCGACUGCGGUUUCUCGCCGCGCAACUCCAGGAUCCGGACAAGUACCCGUCCAACACGAGACCAUACGUCCUCCUCAACUGCGGCACGUCACCACUUUACUUUUCUGAGACCUUCUACAAGGCCGCCAUCACGUCGCAGGUCGCCAAUGAUGAUGCUAUGCCUGACAUGCCAUCCUGUGGGGGGAUGAUGCCCCAGUGGCUGUGGUUUCCGCCUCCAGAGAUUCCGCCAAACUCGUUCACUGUUGUGCUGCUGACGGCGCACGGCGGUGGGGCCAGCAUGUACCCAGUCGUGCCGCUGGUACGGUACGAGACAGACAAGGGCCAAUGCGCCUUCGACGUGGGGUUUUCCGUGAGCAGCGACAGCUCCCAGGAAGGCGCCCACCCAGAAGGUGCUGCACAUUGCCAUCCCGUUGUAGGUCGACCGUACAUCGGAGGUGCCACUUUCUUCGGCACUACGAUCCAAACAACGCCGUUUGCCAUCAUUACGAUGCUGCCUCGCAGCAGCACGGAGGCUUCCGCGCCCGUAGAGGACAUUCAUGACACAGUAGGGUCUCGCCUGCGCAAGCACGGCUGGUACAUCAUGUAG